AGACAUUUGUGCUUGACCAUGCCUAGCGUACGGUUCGGUUGAAGUUGUUUUUAAAUUAGUAAAUUUCUCUGUACAUUCUGUGUUAUUCCCUAAAAUAGUCAAACAACAAAAAAUUAACAGUCGAAAUGAAAUUUCUACUAGUUUUCGUCGUAGUCGCAUCAGUACUUUAUAACGGUGUUGGAUGUAGGGCAGUGAGAGUAGAUGAAGAAACUAAGUUUCUAGUACUCGAAGAUGACAAUAUGGACCGCACAGUUCUGGAUUGUAACUAUGAUUUAAAUGAUACGGAUGUAUUCCUCACUGUGAAAUGGUUUCGAAAUGAUCGUACAAUUUAUCAGUGGAUUCGUGGAUCGCAACCAGCUCCGAUUCCUGAAUUUAAAAAUGACGUGGAUAGCACUUAUGAAAGCUCAAAGGAUCCAAACAAACAGUAUAGUUCACUGGCCCUUAUCAAUCCUACUAUAAGCUCAACGGGAGAUUACAAAUGUGUUGUGCAAACUAGAUCGGAAACAAUUACAAUUCACAAGAGUUUGCAAGUGAUUGAUGUGAGAAAUCGGACAUUAAACCUGUCUCGUUAUAAAAUUCAAAACGAGACCCAAUUGGAAUGUACCGUGUUGAACGUAUUCCCCAAACCAACUUUAACUAUAAUAUCUGACGAUGACGAUAUUAUCAAGGUUGUGAACCAUGGUCCUUAUGAACAAGGCGAUGGAUAUUACAAUGCAACCACACUGGCAGUAGUUCAGGACAACGAUGACGAUGCGGAUGCCUACAAAUGCGUGGUAAAUUUUGAAGGAUACUCACAGAAUUUCACUACGGUUAUCACGUCGGGAUCUGGACCUAGAUACGUUGAUUAUCGAAUAGUACUUCUAAAUACAUUUGUGUUAAGUUUGCUUGCAAAUCUGAAUAUUUUUAAUUAAAUAAAAUUUGUUGAUUUUUAUUGUUGCAAAAA